AGUGGUCGCGCUGCUCUCCACGCUGCGAGUUUGAGCUGCACGUUGGACAAAAUUGAUACAAUAACAGCCUCUAAAAUACACACAACACCUUCGCGGUGGCGUUAUUAGUUGGUAUAGAUUCAUUUUGUAUGAGGAACAGCUACAAAAUGAGUGUUAAACGACUCCUCGUCAUCGAAUGUCCUGUGUCCUGUUAAUAUACUUUCACAUCUCAUAGUGGAGAAGCUAACCUGAAAACAUUUUCCACAUGAGUAGCGAGGACCCGGAGCAGCGUGAUAGAAUGUCAGAGGUGGACAUGAACCCACCGAAGAGGCUACGCACAGCAGAAAGUCACACAGGAACAGAGCUGGAGGUGGAGAAGAGCACUGUGGAUGUGAGUAUCAUCAUGCCGGUGUACAAUGCAUCGUGUUGGCUGGAUGAGUGUCUACAGGCCAUAGUAGACCAAGACUUCACUGGAUCCAUGGAGCUGUCGGUCUUUGACGACGCAAGCACUGAUGACUCCAGAAAAGUGGUAGAGGGUUGGAGGGAGAAGCUGGAGGCGAGGCUUAUCUCAGUGGUGGUCUCCGGUCACUGCUCCCCCAAACCGAGAGGAGUGGGAUUUGCAAAGAAUAAGGCAAUAUCUCAGAGUUGUGGACAGUACUUGUGCUUUCAGGAUGCGGACGACAUAAUGUUGCCCCAAAGAAUUCGCCUGCAGUACGAUGCAUGUGUCCUCCACCAAAACUCUCUGAUUGGCUGUAGAGUCCAGAGGGUGCCGGAGGGAUCUACGGAGCGCUACACUCGCUGGAUCAACACACUCUCUCAGCACCAGCUCAUCACACAGGUGUACACCUCCCAUGGCCCCACAGUCAUCAUGCCGACGUGGUUCUGCUCAAGGAAAUGGUACCUGAAGGUUGGACUGUUUGACGAGGGAGGCAAGGGAGUCCCAGAGGAUCUGCUCUUCUUCUACCAGAGUCUUCGUCAGGGAGGGGGUCUGUCCAGGGUCGACGAGUGCCUGCUGGUCUACCGUUACCACGAGAAGGCCACCACUCACUCUGUAACUGAGGAGACUAUCUGGAAGCUGCGAGUGGACUUCCUGCAGGAGAAGGUUCUCAGCCAGUGGGAGAACUUCACCAUAUGGAACGCUGGGAAACAGGGCCGAAAGCUGUACCGAUGCCUGAGCCCGAUCAAUCAGAAGAAAGUCAAAGCUUUCUGUGAUGUGGACGAGAACAAGAUCCAGAAAGGCUUCUACACGUACGAGGAAUCCAAGGAAAGACCAAAGCCAAAAAUCCCAAUUCUGCACUACAAAGUCGCCUCUGCCCCCUUCAUCAUCUGUGUUAAACUGGAUAUGACAGGAGGCAUUCUGGAGGAAAACCUCAACUCUCUGCAGCUGAAGGAAGGAAUCGAUUUCUGUCAUUUCAACUGAGUGCUCAGAGGGGAGGUGAGAGGAGCGCUGCAGGUUUAACACUCAGUGGAAUGCAGAGGAUUACUUACACAUAUAUACAAACUGAGAGAUGGCAGGUAGUAACGGGAAAAGACUGAACCCUGGAACAGAGGGAGGAGCAAUAACAAGACGAAGGAAAGAGAUGCUUAAAAUGUGUUUUAAGUCUAAAGAGGGUGAAGAAUUUCAAGCUGUCAUAGUUUUACUUGGCAAAAUUGAUGGAACGUUGAUAAAAAGGCACAGCGGUACAUCCCAGCUCCGAUUUCUGAUUUCUCUGUCUCGCUCUUUGACCACAUCACUGAGGUUGUUACAGUUUGCUAUUCUCAGAGAAGCUUACAGGAGGAACUCCACAUUGUGUGUAAGCAUGCUUAUUUGCUUUCUGAGUCAGAGUUAGAUGUGAACAUCAGUGCCAGUCUCAGUUAGUAAAAGUCUCAUAUAUUAAAUGUGAAGCUACAGCCAGGAUAUAUUUAGUUUCGUUUGACAUGAAAAACAGCAACAACAGAAACUCACCAGUACCCUGAAGUCUUGUUUUACAUUUUAUAUGUCUUGUGUUUAAUGAUGACACAACUCUUUUUUUUUACCUUGUUAGCUUGUCUGUGUCCUUUUUAUAUGCUAGAAGGCAGAUCACAAAUGAAAUGAUCAGUUAAUAAAAUGACUGAUCAUUUCCCCCUUCAAACUGCAGUUUAUCAUUGAAGCCUCAUUUCAGACUUCCAGAGUUUCAUGCAUAACAAACUUGAGGAAUCAAACCUGUCCCAGGGUUUUUGUACCUGGAAAUAUCUUGGUCCGGUGCAGUUUCUUUGUUAAUUUUUGACUUUUUGUAUGCAUCUACCCCACUAGAUCUAACCUGUUUUUAUCUUUUUUUUUUACCUUAGCCACUCCAGCUGUUUUCCACUGUUUCCAGCCAAUGCUAGGCUAACUAGCUGUACCUUCAUAUUUAAUGCACAGAUAUAACAGUGAUAUUCUCCCAUGUAUUUAUUGACAAAAACAGGAAUGUGUGUAUUUCCCAAAAUGUUUAAUCUAUAUAUUUUAAAAGCUAAUAUACGCACCAUAAACUGACUAGAGUUGCAAGAGAUGUCAAGCAAGAAGACAUGGAUUGAUGUUUUAAGUUACAGAAAGUCUUACGUUUUACUCUACAGAAAGCAGCUAUUGAUCAUGCAGGAGGACAUGACUGUCACCAGUGUUGACCACUGGAGCAAUAAAAUGUGAUUGUGUUUUCUA